AAUGUCUGAUCAAUUCAGAUAAGAGGUCUUAACCAUUCAGACUCUGUAUAAUACUUAACCAUUCAGAGGCAAAUCUCUUAACCAUUCAGACAUCUGAACCAUUAAGAGGCUGAAACAAACAGUCUGAACCAUUAAGUGCUGAACCAUUCAGACAUCUGAACCAUUAAGAGGCUGAAACAAACAGCCCCUUAGACUUAAUCCAAAGAAGUGUGUUUUUGCUGCUGUGGCUGAUUUUCUUGUGGAGAUGACGGGUCACCAGGAAGAAGAACCGGCCAAGGCCAUCACCGAGCCUUGGUGGUCCAUGUCAGUUGAUGGAGCUUCCGGGCCCAAAGGUUACGGGGGAGAUGUAGUAUUCACAACUCCGGAAGGGUUGAAGGUAUAUCAUGCCUUGAUCUUUAACUUCAAACUCACAAAUAAUGAGGCGGAGUAUGAGGCGCUGAUAGGGGGUCUGAGAUUGGCCAAAACCCUACAAAUCAACUGCCUCAAGAUUAAGUCUGAUUCAAGCUUGGUGGUAGGCCACAUCAAUGGCAACAUGGAGGCCAAAGGAGAAAAAAUGCAGAGGUAUAGAGAUUUGGCAAGGGCACUACUGAAGAACCCGACUGAGUAUGUGAUGGAGCAAAUCCCUAGGGGGGAGAACACCGAUGUAGACUUGCUAUUAAAAUUGACACAAGCAGCCCCGGAGCAUGUGUCCAAGCUGGCCAGGAUUGAGACGCUGGAGAAAGCCAGCAUUGAUGGGUUUUCUAUUAGCAUGAUAGAGGAAGAUGGGCAGCCCAAUCCAGAUCGGGUGGAGCCAGAUGAUAUUUGGAUGGAUGACUUGGUCAGGUACUAUAUGACCGGGCAAUUCCCUGAGGAUGAGGAUAGGGUAAGAAAAGUAAAGUUGAGGGCUCCAAGAUUCCAAAUGCUUGAUGGGAGGCUAUACAAACGAGCAUUCGGUGGUCCAUUGCUAAGGUGCUUGACCAGGGCAGAGGCGGAAAGAGUGAUCACUGAAGUUCAUGAGGGUGUCUACGCAGCCCACCAAAUGUCCGGGACACUCGCCCAAAGGAUCAUUUUGCUAGGUUAUUUUUGGCCUACAAUGAACCAAGAUUGCAAGAGAUAUGUCCAGAGGUGCAAGACCUGCCAGGUGUUCUACAAGUUUCCGGGAAGGCCUGCAACAUACUACCACCCAGUUUCCAAUGUUACUCCAUUUGCAAGGUUUGGGAUGGACAUCAUUGGAGCCUUCCCUCAAGCGCAAGAGAGAAAGAAGUAUGUAAUGGUUGCUAUCGACUACUUCACAAAGUGGGCUUCCGUGGCCUACCCGCAAGGGAAUGGUCAGGUGGAAAAUGCGAACCGCACAAUAGUCGAUGGCAUCAAGAAGCGGUUGGGUGAGGCCGGAACAAAUUUGUUGGAAGAAUUGCCACAUAUCAUCUGGGCCUACCGGGUCACUUCAAGAAGGGCUACCGGGGAGACACCUUUCGUCCUUACAUACGGGUGUGAGGCCAGACUGCCAAUCGAAGCAAAAAUUAUGACCUUCCGGGAAAAGAUCUACGGAGAGAAAGGGAAUGAGGAGGACCAUUUGGCAGAGUUGAACUUACUGGAGGAAAGGCGAAUGGUCACCGAGGCCAAGAUGAUUGAAUACCAGCAAGCAGCCAAGGCCUACCAUGAUAACAAGGUAGGGCCUUGUUACUUCCAAAUGGGUGAUGAGGUCCUAAGACGAAGGGAGGCCAACAAACCAGGAGAUGGAGGAAAGCUCGCAAAGAAAUGGGAAGGUCCAUAUAGGGUCACGGCAAUACUACGCCCCGGGACAUACAAGUUAGAAACAAUGGAAGGUCGAGAGUUGGAAAGGUGCUGGAAUUCCCACCACCUUAGAAAAUUCUACCGAUAGGCCAAAUUGGCAGGACAUGUAUUUGUAAUACCCCUUCGAUGAUAAAUAAGGCUUUCCUCAAUACUUGUGUUGCUAAGUCAGUAAUACUAAAAUAACAUGUCUUGAUGUAAGAGGCAAGGUCAAAAAAAAAGAUAAACCCUU